AGUGCGAUGCUUCUAUUGCACUGAACAGGCAGGGGGUUGAGGAGCUGAUCGUAUGGAUCAUUUUCAACAGUGGCAUAUAUAAGUAUCACCAUGGCUACGUCAGAGAAGAAGACGAGGGAAGACUUCAAUUACCAAGCUGCUAUAGACAAGAUGGCAUCAUCGGUCGUUACCGAUGACGUCAUCAAACGGUAUCCUGACUCCAAGUUUAUUGACUCAGAGUACAGUGAAAGCUACCUCGCCUAUAAUGUACACGAAGAUUUUGACUGCACAUUGGUCCGAACUGAUCUUGGGGAAGAACUUGUGAACGAGUUUUACAUUCUACAAAUCAUUUAUGAAGAGGACCUAUGCAGCGUAUGGACUAGGUCAGGGAAAAUCGGAGAGGUGGGCAAAUACAAUGAUGAAAACUUCGGACUGAGGCUGGGAGAGGCCAUAGACUACUUCGAGAGCAAAUACAAGGAGCUGACAGGUUACACUUGGUCCGAUACCAAGGGGGGCAACAGCUUACCCUCUCCAGGUCCUUGUUCUGGAAAAUACACCCCUGUUCAAUUCAGAUACGACGAUGAGAUUCAACUGAAAGAAAAUCUUGGAAAGCUUCAUAACAUUCUAUCUGAUGAUGGGGCUGCUAAGAUGACCAAGACUACUCUGAUCCAACCCACUCUAGACCUAGUCCAGCUAAUAUUCACCGAGGACCAGCUGUAUAAGAAGUUGACAAGGUUCGAUCUUUACGAAGGCAACGAAAAGAUGAAGAAGUUCGAAAUAGGUCUUAAAGGUGUUGACUAUAUUCCCUUGGGAAUUCCCACCAACACCCAACUACUAGAAGGCCUGUCUCUUUUGAAAGAGAUCGAAAAUCACAUCAUCCAGCGAGAUGCGACAACGGAACAAUAUCGGCAGUUGUCUUCGGAUUUCUACCACACUGUUCCAUGCUUGAUCAAACACGUCGAUGGAGCGGUAAUUGAUGACACCGAUAAAGUGAAGCGACUAAGAGAUGUGAUAUUGGUUCUAGGCGGUGUUACAAAUUGCUUGAAGACUGUUGAAGAGGCUAAGGAGAACAAAGGAGAUAUAAUACCACACCCACUUGAUGUCCAUCUCAAAGAUGUCGUGAAAUGUAAAAUCGAACAUCUUUCAGAUACUUCUGAUGAAUACAAGAUGAUUUUGAAGAAUAUAGAGAUGACUCGUAAUGGAUCAUGUGAAUGGGAUGGCAAAGAGACUCUACUCAAUAUUUGGAAAGUGGACAGAGAGCCAGAGUUGACAUCAUUUGCUGCGCACGAGGAUCUUGGAAAUCGUCGUCUUUUGUGGCGAGCCUGCUUGCGUCUCUACGAGUUUCCCUAUGUCUUGAAGGAGGGGUAUACAAUUAGCCAACGCCGUGAUCGUUUUGCAUCUCAUGCGGGUUGGGGCUUGUAUUUUAGACCAUGUUUCGAUGAGGCUGCCAAGCAUGUUGAUAUAGAAAACCGGGUUGACAAUAACGCAGUCCUGUUCCUGAUGGAAGUGGCCCUGGGAAAUUCAGAGGAAACGGAUGAAUACGAUAGAGACGUCACCUACCUGGAGGAAGACUAUGACAGUCUUACUGCCAGAGGGAGACAAGAACCAGAUCCCAGUCAAGAUGUAGUCUUGAAGCUAGACGGCAACGAUGUCACUUUCUCACUUGGUGCUCCCAUAGCUCAGGAGAAGUACUCGGAGGCAGAAUUCAAUUUCACCAAAUACGUCCUCUUCACUGAAAGCCAAUAUCGGAUUAGAUAUGUAUGUCUCUUCUCAAGAAACACUGAGAUAACUAUAUAA